AUGAGGUCUGGGUCGACUGACUCGGACAUUUGCGUUCUUACAUACAGCACCCGGUAUCAUGAAUGUAUGAAGUGCCCUGAGCUAUAUCUGAGCGCCUCAGAGCCACUGACCCUGAAACAGGGGUACAACAUGCAGGGGAGCUGGAGGGAAGAUGAUGACAAUUGCACAGUCAUCAUUUUGGAUAAGUAGUGAUGGGCAGAUCCCAGUAUAGAAGAGGAGCAGUGCAUGGUGGGAGAUGUCAACAUGUUCCUGAUGGACCCAACAGACCUCUCCUUGGCUGAGCUGGAGAUCAUGAUAGCAGAGCCCAGUUACAAAGGCAAAGGCACUGGGAAGGAGGUGACACACAUGAUGAUGUGCUACAGUGAGCAUCUGAUCCCAUCUAUCAGAAGGUUUCAAGCAGGAAGACAGAAACUUAAACUCACUGUGUAG